GUGGCUUGUCUUCAACCCAAUUCACUGUGUCAUCUGAAGACUCUGGGUGAGACACCUCACAGCCUUCCUCUCGCUAGCGCCCAGCUUUAUUAUCUGCCAACCCGCCAUCGCUCAUCUUCCUAUUCCUCUUUCGCUGCCAUCAUCUCGACUCAGUCUUCCGUUACCCAAUUCGGCGUCGGAUCGAACUAUAGUCAACUCCGUUUUAUCCAUCGUCGGAUUACCCUCUUCUUCCCCUGAAUCUUAACGUCCAACUCAAUCACAUCGAUCAAGCGCCAUGGCGUUCCUCACUCGCUUGCUUCAUUUUCUGUUGCUGUCGUUGAUCGCCUGUGCUGCUAUCGCGGCCCCGACUGCCGAUCAGUCUGAUGCCGCCAACUCGGUGGUCGACUCGACUUCCCACGGCUAUCUCAGUAGCUUCGAGGACAAGGCCCUGCAUCUGUAUGAAAAGUUCCGUCACGGAGUUUUUCAUUCCGCAGAUGACAACGCCCAGACUGUGGAGGAGGAUGCUGCACUGUCCAGCCGGGCCAACCUCGCCAAGCGACAGGGUGUGAGCAAUUCGACGAGUGCUGCAGAAACCAGCCAGGCGACGGAACCUGCCACGACUUCGGCGACUGCUGCGGCCACCACUCAAGCGGAGACCUCUGCCAGCAGCGCUGACUCGACUUCGGCCGAACCCACCUCCGCUGCCACCACCGCCGCCGCCACCACCGCGCAUACAACCGCCGUGCAGACUACAUCUAGCUCUAGCAGCAGUGAAUCCAGCUCUAGCAGCAGUGAGUCGAGCUCUAGUAGCACAUCUUCUACCACCAGCGUGCCUGCCACCACCACCUCGUCGACCUCGUCCACUUCCACUUCCAGCUCGACCUCAUCCACCGCAAGGUCGACCACCAUGCACACCACGAGCUCCACAUCGCAGGAUACGACUAGCACGACCAGCACGACCAGCCAGCCCACCACCCCGUACACCUCCACCUACAAGAUCACCACCACUCUGCCCGACGGUCAGCAGAGCACCGUGACAGCCGUGACAGUCGUGCACCCCACGGAGACCGCCCGCGAGGUGGCCACCGGCACCAAUGCGUCCCCGGGACUGCAAACCGACUCUGCUGCCUCUGCCAAUGGAUUCGCGCGGGAGUUCGCUCUCAUGAUGGGAGGAGCUGCCGUGGUGGCCAUGGCAUUGUAGCCUCUCUCAGCCUGUGACAACAAUACUCUACCAUUCAAGUGCAUAUUCGGCGUUAAAUUUUAUUCUCACAUUUCGAAAAUGUUUUAUGAUACCUCACGAUCCUUGAGCAAGCAAACAAGCUAGCAUGUGCAUAUUUCUCCGGCGUCCAAAUACCAGUCUCUCCUUGAAAGCGCUGCAUAAAUGAUUGCAACUUAUUCACAAAUGGUGUUGAAAAGGAAUUUGUUUCUCAUGAUGACAUGUCUCUCUUUAUGACCCUGUCCCAAUUUGCAACUACAUACAUACAUACUACUAUAGUAGGCCGCUGGCGUAAGUUGCCGGGGGUUGUGGCCAGUUGCACAACUGUUACUAACAAUUAUUAACUAAAGUAUAUAGUAAACAUUCUAUUAUGUUAUACAUAAUAGUUAU